CUCGGUGUCUUUCUCAAAUUUGGUUGCAAGGUUGAGUUUUGGAUAUGUUUGAUUUUGACGCUGUUUGGUUAUCUUCCCGGGAUCCUUUACGCUCUUUACAUCAUCACCAAGUAGAGAUUUGAUCUCUCUCCUCUGUUCUUUCCCUCUGUUUCC